AUGACCAUUUUUAAAAAAGGUAUUGAAAAAAUUCAAAAAUCUAAUAAAAAUAUCAUUAUUAGAUCUUAUUCAAAAAGUAGGUAUGAAGAAAUUGUAAAAUUAAGAGAAGGUUAUAGUAGUGCACAAGUUGAAGAAAAUGAUUUAUCAAAAGAAAUUAUGGAUAGAAUAAAAGAUAGAAGAAAACAACAACCAAAUUAUCGUGAUGAUAUUAAUGAUGAUUCUACUGUAUAUUCAUCAAGAAAAGAUGAACAAUUUAAAGAACAAAGUCAUUUAAUAAUAAAUGGAAGAAAAGUUUCUUGUGACAUACCAAAAGAUCAAGUAGAAGUUGUAUCUCUUAAAGAUUAUUAA